AUGAACAAAACGACUGCCCGUGUCCAUAGGAACAACUGGAACGAUGUAUACGUAGUUGGGUUUCGCGAUGACGUGACCGAAGUGAUAAAGAAGUUAAAUACCUUUCUUGAAAACAAUUGCAUUAGGGAAGAACGUUUUUUGUGCACGUCUGAUUUUAUGCGAAGGUAUCUUCUUGAGCUACGUCAAGAAGAUCUACACACCAUAGAAAAUCAACUAAAAGAUUUUGUAGUGAGUAUUAAAAAGGGAAAAGACGAUGAUGAUUUUAUUAUUUCUGGAAACAUAGAGGGUUUGAAUCGUGUGGGAGAGAAGCUCGACGCUCUGAUAGAUUCUAUUGAGUUGAAAACCUUUGAAGUGAAACAGCCAGGCCUUCGAAAAUAUUUUGACAGUGGAAAAGGAGAUCAGCUUGUAAAAUCGGUGGAAAAAGAUCAAGAUUGUGCCAUAGAAGUCAAGAAAAAGUUAGGUGGAGGAGGAAGAGACGAGGAGUUGCGCCUCGAAACCGUAUCCGACGCUUCUACCUCUUCAGGCGACAGCGACGAUGAUGCUGAGGAUGACCACCCUACCAUCAAUGAAACUGACUCGUCUACCCUGGUAAUAGCUCAAAGGCACAGAGUGUCCUGGAAACCUGGAGACAUAGGGGCAGAGAAGGCUGAAGUACUUGUCAGUUCUCUAGGAGCAUGCGAUCAAGCAAUCAUUGAUGCCGGUGGUCCUCAGGCCGCAACCCCCAACGUUGGUGACAUCACUGUCUCAGGCGGUUUUUCCUCAGUCAGUCAUGUGAUUCACACUCAAUGUUGUAAGUGGAAAAACGGUGGAGGGGAGCCGGUUAAAGCAACUGGAGACUACUCAGGCUCGAUUUUAGAUAUUUCCGAUGUAGUUUACCUCACUCCUCUCCGAAUUCUUCCAGAAUGA